CCAUAAUAGAGGCCAUACUUGUCCAAGUGCUCCUCCCCUACGUACGUACGUACACUACCUUUCUACUAUAUACGAUGGCCGAGCAGGAGAUCUUUGCCCACUUUUUCGAAUGCUGGCUUGGUCAGCUCGACCGGGACCUCCAAGCCCUCCUCGCAGCCGACGUGCCCUCCCUCGACCCACAGCACCAACCCCACAGCGACGCCAACAACAACGAGCACCAUCUCCGGUCUCUAGUAGACAUGGUCAAGGGCCACUACGAGUACUACUACCGCGCUAAGUUGGCGUCGGCACGGCGCGACGUGUUAGCCAUCUUCUCCCCGGCCUGGGCCACUUCCACCGAGAAGCUCUUCCUCUGGGCCGGCGGCUGGCGGCCCGGUGCCGCCUUCCAAAUCCUCUACUCCGAGUCCGGCCGCCGGGUGGAGCCCUGGCUCGUCCAGGGUGUGCUCCGGGACGAUGACCUGGCCGGGCUCUCGGCCCUCCAGCUCGAGCGCGUGGACCAGCUCCAGAGGAGGACCCUAGAGACCGAAAGAAUGAUAUCGGAGGAGGAGGCCGAGGCGCAGGAGUUGGUCGCGUGGCCGCAGAUGAUGGAGAUCUCGCAUGAGAUCACGGUGAGCGGGCUAGAGGUGGCGGCGAUGGAGGAUGGGUUGGUGGGAGCGAAGGAGGCGAUGAGGCGGGUGCUGGAGAGGGCGGACCAGCUGAGGCUGGAGACGAUCCAAAGCGUGGUGGGGAUUUUGAGUCCGCGGCAGGCGGUGCAGUUUUUAGCCGCCGCCGGAAAGUUGCUCCUCCGGGUGCAUGAGUUCGGCAAGGCCGUUGACGCGGCCGCCGCCGUGAUGCCCGACGGAAUCGAGUCUGAAAGGCGCAGACGGUAGACUGUGUAGUGCUUGGCGGUGGUAGUCAUGUCGUUUCGUCGCCUGAGCAAGCAUUAACAUGUAGUCAGCCUGAACAAUAUUUACAAUACCGGGUUGUUUUUUAUUUACGUUACAUAAGUCCAGGCAUGUAAUCUUUUUACAUAUUUGUUUUCCUUUUUUUUUUUUUCUGUAAUCUCAUAACAAUCCAAAGU